UCUAGAUGGUUCCAUUUAUAUUUAUUAGAUAUUGUACUUAUGUCACUUAUGUUUUAUUAGAUUUUUUUAAUAAUGCAAUUUACAAAAUUGUUUUCAUGUAUAAAAUUUGUUCCAAAAGAGUUCAAUUCUGUAAGAGUAGUGAGCCGAUCAUACUGUGCAGGAACACCGCAGGAGAGCACUUGUUCAGUGGAGGAAUCUAACCAGGCUAACAAUUUGGAUGGCUCCAAGAAAGGCUUAGUGGUGGGCGUUUACGAAUCGGGGAAGAAGUUCGAACUGACGCCCACCGCGGAGGAGAUCAACCAGAAGACAAAUGGGAAGUUAUGCAAGUAUUUGAAUGAGUUGUCAAGUCAAUUGAAACUAGGUAAGGCGUUCACGGUGACUGACCUACUGCCGGAGUAUUCUGCGGUUGCCAUCACAUGUUUUGGACCCAAAGACCCUGGCUACAACAAGUUGGAGGAAUUAGACGAGACUAAAGAGAAUGUCCGGUGGGGAGUGGGCGCGGGUGUGCGUGAGCUGCAGGCACGUGGCGUCGGUCACAUAGACGUGGAGCCGGCUGCCAGCUGCCGCGCCGCCGCCGAGGCCGCCGAGCUCGCUGCCUGGAGGUUCCAGGAGUUCAGCUCGUGUAAGGAACCCAAGUCUAGGGUGUCGUUGUACACCGGUGAAGACAGCCGCGACGAAAGUCUAACUUCGGAGUGGAACGAAGGCGCCGAGUUCGGGCGCGCUCAAAAUUGGGCUCGGUUUCUGUCCGACAUGCCCGCUAACAAGAUGACGCCUGUCGACUUGGCGCAGGCGGCGCUGGACACGCUGUGCCCGCUGGGCGUGCGGGUGGAGGUGCGUGAGGGUGCGUGGGUGGAGGCGGCGGGGCUGCGCGCGCUGCAGGCGGCGGCGCGCGGCGGCGGCGGCGGCGCGCUGCUGCUCGAGUGCAGCCUGGCGCGCGCCGCGACCGCCGCGCCGCCCGUGCUGCUAGCCGCCACCGGCGUCACCUUCGACAGUGGUGGACUGUGCUUGCGACGAGGACGCGACCUGGCUGCCGGACACGCAGCUAUGGCUGGCGCCGCUGCCACGCUCGCCGCGAUGCGGACCAUUGCUAAGCUUAAAGUGCCCCUGAACGUGGUGGCGGUGAUACCGCUGUGCGAGAACAUGAUCAGCGGACAGUGCAUGAAGGUGGGCGACGUGGUGCAGGCGCUCAACGGGAUUUACAUGCAGAUCGAGGACACGGACAACGAGGGCCACUUGAUGCUGGCGGACGCGCUCGUAUACGGGCAGGCGGUACACAAGCCCUCGCUCGUCAUAGAUGUCGCCACGCUCACCAAGGGCGUGAUGGUGGCAACGGGCGGCGGCGCGUACGGCUGCUUCAGCAGCUGCGAGCGCGCCUGGCGCACGCUACAGCACGCGGGUGCCAUCACAGGAGACAGGCCGUGGCGUCUGCCACUCUGGGAGUACUACCAUAGGCAGCUCACGGAUGAUCCAUCGGUGGACUUGAGAAACAAAGGCUCCGGGAAAGCAACGUCUUGUCUUGGCGCAGCAUUUCUCAGGCGGUUCGUGUGCUGCGACUGGCUACACUUGGACACGCGCGGCGUGGAGAGAGGCGGCCCUCCGUAUCUACGCGGGCGCCGCAUGUCCGGGCGGCCCGCGCGCCCGCUUGCGCUUGCGCUGCAGCUCAUAGCGCAGGAAUCCAGCGCCACUCCCCCCGCCGCCGCCGCCACAUAG